UUCACGUUUUGCAAUUAAACUCACGAUACUUUUAGCUAUAAAAGUGGCCGUUGAAUUUUUCGAUCGCUAUUUAAAUUCGCUGUGAUUUGGUGUGAGACACAAUAAAACUAAUUGUGUCAUUGGUAUAUCGAACAUAGUUGCAUUUUGGGAGAAAAAAUCGACUUUGAACUUUUUGCUUGUAAAUUUGACUGCAAAAGCAUUUAGUUGUAUUGUUGUAGAAUAUUAUAAUCGCUAUACCAAAAAUCUACAGUUGAUUGAGCCAGUUACAUUUUUACUUUUGAUAAAUAAAGACCAAAUUUGACAAAAACCUUUCCAUUACUCGAAUCGAAAAGUAUUAAGAAUUUAAUUAAAUUAAAAUUCAAGUUUGGUGAAAAAAAGUCCAUUCACUCCCCAUAACAAGUGCUAGUGUUUUAUAGUAGCACAAAGAGUAAAUAACAGAAAAAAACGCGUGAAGAUUUGAAAAUUGAAAUUGGUUACGAAUAUCUCCCAUAUUUAGUUCAGUCUCUGAUAAAAUGUUAGAAAACUCGGAAAGUCAUCCAAAACUAUCAAAUGUAAAAAAUCAAAUCUAUGCAACCAUCAUAGCGAAUAUCAUAGUGAUAAGUUUCGGCAGUUGUGUUGGUUGGUUCUCACCUGCGUUGCGUGUACUUCUAUCGGAUGAGACGCCGCUUAAAACCGGCCCAUUAACCAAUGAAAAAUUGUCAUGGAUUGGAGCAAUGAACAGUUUCGGUGCCUUAUGUGCAACAUUCAUAAGUGGAUUUCUGUCGAUCCGAUUGGGCUCGAAACGCGCCAUGACCAUUUUGGCAUUGCCAGCAGUCACUGUGUGGAUUUUGAUCUACUUCGGUGACUCGUUCUACCACAUUUUCUUUGCACGAUUUGCAACCGGAUGUAUUGGUGGUGGCUUUCAAUCGGGAGUCAUUCUUUUCGUCGCCGAGAUUUCCAACGAUAAUAUUCGAGGCCGCCUUGGCUCAGUUAUUCCAUUAGCAAGGAAUACGGGCAUUUUGUUAGCGAAUAUUGCAGCAGCUGUCGUCGAUUACGAACACCGGCCGUUUAUUUUUGUGGUGUUUCCUGUGAUAUUUUUCAUUUGGAUCAACUUUUUGCCUAGCACUCCAGAAUAUUAUCUUCAAUGUGGAAAAGUUGAAGAAGCCAAAAGAGCGUUAAUGUUCUACAAAUCGGUCGAUGGCGAGAGUAGCCAUGAAACAUCCCUCUUGCAGAGUGAAUUCGAGCAAAUCCAAAUGAUUGAGUGGGAACGAAAACGAAGUGCAAAGAUUCAGCCAAAAGAUUACUAUAAUCGAGCCGCUUUGAAAGGAAUUGGCACAGCAAUAGCAAUGGUUUGGCUGUUCCAGUCGACUGGAUUUUAUAUUAUCGUAAAUUAUGCGUCGUUAAUUUACAAAAUAUCGGGUACAACGCUCAAAAUAGAAAUAUCGACCAUAGUGUUAUCGGUUGCCCAGAUUCUCGGUGGAUUGGUAGCGACGCGACUAGGUGACACAUUUGGCCGAAAAACGACUUUAAUCUCAUUUUUUGGUUCGGCCAUUGGACUUUUUACGUUUGCGAUUCAUUCAUACUUGCGCCAAAAUCAAUGUGAUGUUUCGCAUUAUACGUGGGUGCCCGAGGUUUGCUUAUCCUUUGUUAUUUUCAUCUCAAGUGCCGGAAUUGACGCAUUAGCGAACACAUUCGUUGUGGAAAGUUUUCCACCAAAGGUAAGCUACUUACUAAUAAGCACAGGCUUUGAAGAUCAAACUUGGAUUGUUGCUCGAAUUUUGAAUGAUUCUAAUAAAUGUUCAUAUCAAUUCGAUCGAUUGGCAUGACAUUUUAUUCAAUGGCUAUCAAUAUCGUUGCGAUAAUGGGUGAAAAAUUCUUUCCAAUAUCAGUCGAAGCAAUUCAUUUACACUGUGUUCUACUAUUUCUUGCGAUCAAUUGCUGCAUCGGAACUAUUUUUAUUACUUUUAUGAAAGAAA